GUGCCCGGUUUCAACACACACACUCACACACACACUCUACAGAGCACAUCUUGAGUAGUUUAGAGCCAGUCCUCAGCAACAUAGGAAGAGAGAGUGGAAAAAAGGUGUGUGUGUGUGUGAGUAAGAGUAGUACGUUUAUUGUUUUUUUAUGUGGUGUGAGCGUUGAGGACAGUGUGUGUGUCGUCUCUCUGUGUGUGUGUGUGUGUGACAGUGUGUGUAUGAGUGUGUGUGACAGAGUGCUGGCGUGUGAUGGCUCUUUUGCGUUAGUACUUGUUCAGACGGGAGAGUUGGAGGCAGUUCUUUUGUAGGACUCGCAGGGAAUGGCAAACUACACGGUAACCCUGGAAACCUAUCUCUAAUGACAAUGGCUGAGGCGAUCUGCUGCACCUUGGUGAACUGUACCUGUGAUAGUUUCAAACCUGGGAAACUGAAGAAAAGACUGUGUGAGCACUGCAAGCAUGGAUGGGUAGCGCACGCUCUGAGCAAGCUGAAGCUGCACCACAUGUACCAGGGCAGCCAGGUGGAGAUCGUCCACUCUAACGUGGUCUUUGACAUCUGCAGCCUGAUGCUCUACGGGACCCAGGCAAUCCCAGUCAGACUAAAGAUCCUGCUGGACAGGCUGUUCAGUGUCCUGAAACAAGAGGAGGUCAUCCAGAUCCUCAACGCAUUGGACUGGACCCUACAGGACUACAUCCGAGGAUACGUCCUACAGGUGGGGGGGGCUCUUCUUUCUUACUUUAGGACAAGGAGAGGGGAGAGAAAGGAGGACAGAAGAGAGGAGGAGAGAGAGGAACACAGGAGAGAGGGGGAGAAACAAAGAUUCUCUAUAGGAACGCUCCUCUUCUCCUCAUCCUCCUCUCUGGAGGUCUCCAGACUGAUGGAGGACAUAGCAGGGAAGGUGUUGGACCGCUGGGCCAUCAUGACGUUCGAGGAGGAGAUUGCUACGCUGCAGCAGUUCCUCCGCUUCGGUGAGACCAAGUCCAUUGUGGAGCUGAUGGCCCUGCAGGACAAGGAGGGCCAGGCCGUGCUGGUCCCCAGCACCCGCACCAACUCAGACAUCCGCACCUUCAUCGAGCGCAGCACCCCGCGCACUGCCACCACCAACAACAUCCUGACCCCCAAGGUGGAGAAACUGAGCUCGUCCAAAGCGCACCACUUUGAGAACUUUAUUAAUAGUAUGGCGUUUAUGCUGCCAUUUCAAUUGUUGGGCUCCGUGCCAGCGCCUCUCCUGGGGUCGCCACUGGGGGCGCUGCAGCAGCAAGGGGGGCAGAUGGAGCAGGGGCAGAGACGGGGGGACGAGAACCCCAACGCCCUCCCCCUCCCCGGGCCGCCUCCCACCGAGAACAGCCUGGUGGGCUCUAGCUCCGCCUCAUUCACCUCUGACCUGGACAGGGGUGGAGACAACCCUAUGGACGGCCUCUCGGCCACACCCAAGAUGGAGGCUGAGGACUUCCCCACCAGUGACAACUACUCGGACGGCCGCUCCACACCCUGCACACCCUCCAUGAUGAACUCUGACUUUACCCAGAUGUCCCCGGAUAGCAAGCUCCAACAAUCCAUGGACCGGAACGGGGGAGGCGGGGGAGGAAGCCUCAAGAAGGGCCGUGUGUACUGCAGUGCGUGCGACAAGACUUUCUACGACAAGGGCACACUGAAAAUCCACUACAACGCUGUGCACCUGAAGAUCAAGCACAAGUGCACCAUCGACGGCUGCAACAUGGUGUUCAGCUCGCUGCGCAGCCGCAACCGCCACAGUGCCAACCCCAACCCGCGCCUGCACAUGCCCAUGAACCGCAACAACCGCGACAAGGACCUGCGAGGCGGCGGGAGCCUUUCGGCCGACGAAGACUCCGAGGCAAGCGACAAACCGCGGUCUGAAUACCCCCACUCAUCCAUCCCGGUGUCCCUGACCUCGUCCCCCGACAGCCAGAAGUCAGUUGCCAGCUACAUGGUGAGUCAUGUGGACUCCACCACCAGCAGCACCAAGCUGCACCACAGCAGCUCCUUCCCCAGCAUGGGGCACCUGGGCCACGGCAUCCUCUUCCCCAACCUGAAGACAGUGCAGCCUGUGCUGCCUUUCUACCGGAGCCUGGUGACCCCUGCCGAGCUGGCCAACAGCCCCGGCCAACACCUCCCCUCCCUCACUGUCCUCUCCUCCUCGCUUCCCCUCAAAUCUACCUCCAUCACCGCCCCAGACGCCUGCGGUGCCAUCAUUGACCCUGUGCCCAAGAAGAAGUCGCGGAAGUCGAGCAUGCCCAUCAAGAUCGAGAAGGAAGCGGUAGAGAGGGAGGGAAGGAUGGGGGAGGACAGCGGUUCAGAGGACAUGAGCCCUAUACAGGGCAGGGACAAGGAGGAGUGUGAGAGAGGGGUAGGAGGAGGAGGGGAUUUGUGUACGAGACAGAUGGGUGUAGAGAGGGAGAGGGAAAGAGAGGAGAGAGGAGUCAUUCUAGCUGGAGAGAGAGGGGAGAGGGAGGAGGUGAAGCGGCCAAGGUCCCACAGCCCGGAGAGAGAUGUGUGUGGAGGCAGGGAACAAGAGGAGGAUGAAGAAGAAAAAGAAGAGGGAUCCCGGCAGGCAGAGACAGGUAUGAUCACCUGCGCCUCAUCCCCCUAUGAUGGAAAACUCAACCACAGAGAGAACCACAGCCUCUCUCUGAGCAGAGACCACACAGAGACAGAGGGAGAGGAGGGCGACCAACCAACCUCCCGGCAUCAAGACAAGCCGUGCGACGACAUGGACCACCGACUGACCAACGGCGGUGUGUUCAGACUAGGCGACAGAGGGAAGGAUGAACCAGAGGGCUGUAUGGAAGACUACACCAACUCUAGCCUCCUGCAGUCUCGUAUGGACUCUCAGGAGGGGCCACUGGACAGGGAUGACCUUCCACACCACUGUGAGAUCUGCAGCAAGACGUUCAACAACCAGUACAGUGUGAAGAUGCACUACCGCAACGUGCACCUGAAGGAGAUGCACAUGUGCACGGUGGCUGGCUGCAACGCUGCCUUCCCCUCCCGCAGGAGCAGAGACAGGCACAGCUCCAACCUCAACCUCCACCACAAGCUGUUGACCAAAGACCUGUAUAGCCCAUCACCCCGCUCCCUCUACUCCCCAGCCUCCCUCUGCAGGGACAAAGACCCUGUCAGCCUGGACUACCGCCAGGACCUGAGAGACCUCCAGAGGGAUAGAGAGCUCCAGAGAGACACAGGCAGCCAGACGUCCGUCAUCUUCAGAGGACACAACCGCAUGGGCCUGGUCUUCCCCAUGAGCAAGAUGGCCGACGAAAGGACAGGGGAGAAUGCAGGAGAGGAACUGGAAGGAGGAGGAGGGGUGGAGGAGGGGGCGGUACUGGACCUAAGUACGUCAUCGUCUGUACCUCCUCGUGGGGGCGGCAGCGCCCCUUCCUCCUGGGACUCGGAUGGGGCAGGCAGCGAGGAAGGGGAGGGGCUAGAGGAGGAGCCUCUGCCAAUGGAGGAAGACAGCGAUGGGGAAAGCUGCGACGGGAUUGGUCUAGGAGUCCCCGUUGGGGAAGGAUUAAGUUUGGGCGGGGACAGGACCCUGGGCUGUGGGGGGGGAGGACAGAUGGGGCCGCAGGGGGGCGGAGGUGGCUCACCCAUUACCUGCCACGUGUGCCAGAAGGUAUACAGCAACAAGGGGACUUUCAGAGCCCACUACAAGACUGUCCACCUGCGCCUGCUGCACAAGUGUAAAGUCCCAGGCUGCGACACCACGUUCUCGUCAGUACGGAGCCGCAAUAGACACAGCCAGAACCCCAACCUGCACCGCAACCUGACUGGCAGUGGCGGCGGCACCACUCUAGACCAGGAGUAGGGCCUUGCCCGAGCUUCAGCUCACACAGACCCUGAUUCACUCUCACUGUAAUCUUUAGUCUUUGUUUAUUUGACACCAGAACAGGCUAGCAGGCUAACAGGUUAGCACUUUUUGAAAAAAAAUCCAUUGUUUUUUAGGGGGCAAUGUCUGUAGUGAGCUUGGGAUUGUAGAAUCCAGCUGUAUUUUUCUUUGUUAUGGCAGAUUGUAUCUGCUUUUUUUGUGCAAAUGUUACAGGACAGUAUAUCUCCCUGAAUGUUGAGUGGAUUUCUCCAGGUAUAUCAAGUUCAGCAACCUGAAAUUGUUCUGAGGUACACAUGAAGACCUUCUGCAUUCCAUUCCUUGGACACUCAUUUUCAACUAAUUAUGUUUCCUUUCCCCUGCCAACAUUUUUUAAAUAUGUUAUUUUAAAUUGAUAUUUAUUGAUGGUACAUGUAGAAAAACAACAAUUUAUUUUGGACACGAAAUUGACAAGUCAUUUUCCCAUCAUUCAUUUUUGUCUUGAUUUAAAACACUUAAAAAUCAUGCAUCAUCUUUUAAAACGUUGUGCAUCUCAACCCCUCUCUCUAGCUCUUUUAUUUCUAUGCACUAAUUCUAAAUAGUUUGCCUUACAGUCUAGUAUAAUUUACUCGCAUCCAGUUUAGGAUCACCUGCCAGUUUCUAAAUCACAUACUGUUCAAGUGACACUUAUCUCCAGUCAUCAACAGUGGUGGAAAAAGUAAAGAUACCUUCAUAGAAAAUGACUCGAGUGAGUCACCCAAAUACUACUUGAGUAAAAGUAUUUGGUUUUAAAUAUACUUAAAUAUCAAAAGUAAAUGUAAAAGUAUA